AGCAGAGUUCAAAGACCUUUAAGGUAAUGACUCUGGAAAACACACAGGCUUUAAUGAGUUGGAUGAACUGGUUUUCUGUUUAAUUGAGAAAUGUGAAGUCAGAAACAGCAGUGAAAAUUGUUGGAUUAAAUAGCCAAAUUCUAAUUCAGAAGAGAUGGCCUCAUCACCAGAACUAAAAACAUUUGCAAAGUUUCCUCCUCAACUAAUAAACUUAUUGAUUGAAAACUUCAGCAUACCAAAAGAAUGUUUUUCCAAACCUCCUACAACAUGGGAAACAGUAGCAAGUCUGAACACACUGCAUCUGUCAAUAUUUGUAACAUUAACUUUCAUUACUCUGUUAUCAACCAUCCUCUGUAUAGAAGAAAUUAUGUAUCUUUUAAAGAAGGUUCACUGCCCCUUAAAGAGGAGGACACUCGUAUGGAGCAGCGCAGCACCAACGGUAAUAGCCAUCUGUUCUUGUGUUGGACUUUGGAUCCCACGGUCAGCAAUGUUCACAGAUAUGAUAUCGUCUAUUUAUUUUGCUGUAUGCUUUGCCCUGAUGUUGUGGCAGAUGAUAGAAGGCUUUGGAGGAGAACAAACUUUGCUGGAAGAACUGAAGGAUGCACCUAUGAAAAUCAGUACAGGGCCUUGUUGUUGCUGCUGCCCUUGCCUACCACCCAUACGUAUGACAAGGAGAAAUCUGUGGAUUUUAUCCAUUGGCACAAUACAGUUUUCGCUACUACGACCAAUUCUUCUUUUUAUUGCAAUGGUUCUAUGGAUGGAUGGAAAAUAUGAUCUUGAAGAUUCAAGUUCCAGUAGUGCAUCCCUUUGGAUAGGUUGUAUCCUAGGAGCCUUUACUGUAUUGGCCAUGUGGCCCCUCCAGAUCCUAUUCCAGGAAGCAAAGGUGCGUCUUGCAGACCAGAACAUAAUUCCCAAGUUUGCCUUGUUUCAGACUCUCCUAAUUCUUAUAACGUUGCAGAGUUCCAUCCUUGGAAUGCUAGCAAAUGCAGGAAAAGUAGCAUGUGCCCCUCCUUAUGCUGGAAGAGCAAGAGCACAAUUAAUGAAUAACCACUUGAUGAUAAUAGAGAUGUUUAUUGUGGCAGUGGUGUCGAGAUUAUAUUAUAGACAGAGGGACGAGAAAGAAGGAUACUCUAUAGUCAGCUUAACGAAUAUAGACAAUAACAUGGAUAUUGGGAAUGAUGUUACAAAGAACUCAGUGAUAACACAGUGCUAACCGCCUUAUGAAGAGCAAAGAAAGAUAUAUAACAUAGGAACACUUUAUGUUCCUCUGCCUGUGCGGAGAGUGAUUUUAUUAAACGGCAACUAUAAGCUUCCUAAAGGAUUCAUAUUGUAUGUUGAAACAUGGCUCAGCCAUUCAGGCUUCCACAAAGAAAAGUGCUCAUGGCUCAUUUUGCUAAAAUAGGCCUAUUGCAUCGUAAAGAAUGCAAAAAGAAGAAAUGGUGCACCAUAAAAGAAGGUAUAUUUACUUACAUUUUCACCAAAAGCAAGCACACACACACACACACACACACACACACACACACACACACACACACACACACACACACACACACACACACACACACACACACACACACACACACACACACACACACUGCUUCAGUUAGAAGGAUCACUGUUCUCAUUGAAUGGAUUUAUCAAAACCAUGCUUCAGUUUUCUCAAAGGAAGUGAGUCUUCCAAACUGGAUUUUUUUGAAAAUGACCUAGAGCCCAUUUCAUCAUGUUGCAGCAAUGUUUUAAAUAACCAGAGAUAAAAACAUUAAUUUAAAAUGUUAUUUCAAGAUAUCAUAUCAUAAAGAUAAAAUAAUCUUAACCACAACUACUUAGACUUUGUCAAUGCGCUUGUCAUAUCUUUUCAUGCAUCUGUUUCUCACUGAUUUUCAUUUUCAGUUAUGAUGAAAAUGUUGAAGUUGCAAUUUAUUUUAUAAAAAAAGGAAUAUUA